CGUGACGUCAACUUCCGACCGGCUAAUUUUCCCGCAUACCCCGCUGUCGCUUGUCGGCGAUCGCAGAGAAAAUGCUGAUCGCGUAAAACGAAUUCAAAGCGUCGGCGUGCGACCAGUCAAGUUAUUGAGCGUAGCGUUCUCACCACGGUGAAAGCGCAAAGGUGCAAGAUGAAAACUUCGAUGCUGAGUUCAUGAAUAAGUGCGCGCGAUAGAGGUUUCACCGAACCGAAAGUAUCAACAAGUGGCAUAACAAGAAGGAAUGUUGCUUCAAGAAGUUGCCAACCGGUUCAGCGAUUCGAACCGCGAAGUGAACGCGGACACUGAAUUACGUUUCUUGCCCGAUCAAGCUCGCUUGCGCUUGACGACUGUUUUAGAUGCCGGAAAUGGCUGGAGGGAGGUGUUGCACCGAAUUACUCACCCAGAUUACUCCGACAGACCGCUCUUCAACCCUGAUCACGCAAGGGUUCUCGAAAACUACACGAGAGGAAGCCGCAGCGACGAAAUACUGAAGACAUGGAGCACCACGGGGCGCAAUCGACCCAAGAUAUCCGGCUUAAUCGCCUUGCUAAAACAGGCAGAACUCCACAGAGCAGCUUCGAUUAUUGAAAACGACGUGCUACAACAGGCACCACGCAACGAUGAUGAUAAUCUAGACGAGCUGAGUGACUUGGGACCACCACCCGCCCUGCCAUCCGAAAAUUACCACGAUGAGGUUUUGGACAGCGUAAUCAAUGAAACACCACGGUUCUGGUACGACGACCUGGCGCGAGCAACUGGCAACUUCUGUGACAGGCCAUUGUCCCUGGGAGGCUUUAAAAUAGGGGAGGGAGCCUUUGGAGUCGUGUACAAAGGCACAUUCCCGGACGGCACUGCUGUGGCUGUGAAGCGCAUGAAGGAUUCUCUUCCGCAACAGUUUCUCACUGAAGUAAGACUGCUACGAAGGUAUUCCCAUCGAAAUUUGCUGCCUCUCAUUGGGAUUUCCCUAGACGGGGCGGCCAGUUGCUUGGUUUAUGAAUUUAUGGAGAUGGGGUGCCUGCAGUCGUGCCUUGCGAGAAAAAACAAUCCAAUGUACUGGAAAAGGCGUGUGACCAUACUGAAAGAAGUCGCUGCUGCCAUCAAUUUCCUGCACACCUGCACGCCAUGUCUUAUACACAGGGAUGUGAAAAGCGCCAACAUACUUCUAGACAGAAACUAUACUGCCAAGCUGGGGGACUUCGGACUCACAAGGCAGAUGUCGGGGGACAGUACAACAAGAACAGAGAUUGUAGUAGGAACAUCUGUCUACAUGUCACCAGAAGCAUUCACCGGUACCAUCUCCCCCAAGAUGGACACUUUCAGUUUUGGCGUGGUGAUCAUGGAAGUGCUGACGGGCCUACCCCCGUAUACGAAUGCAAGAGGAGACAUUCUAUCCUACUUGAAGGACACGUAUCCCAACGACAUCACACCUGUACUGGACACCUCGGCCGGUGUGUGGGAUCAGGAGAUGGCACGAAAGGUGUACGAAUUAGGUGAUUCAUGCGUCAGGCUUGAAAGGCGGCAGCGACCUACAAUGGAACCAAUUUACGAAGAACUGGUGAAGCUGAAUGACAUGCUGAAUGGCCCUAUGGAUUGAGACGUGACAGGAAGACACAAAGUCCUUGAAGUGAAGUGGGCCUCAAUGGACAGUGUUGUGUAAAGCGUAGUGUCAAUGUUUGUACAAAUACAAGAAGUUCUAUUUUUGCAA